GCAAGGGCCAGUUCGGCGCAGAUGGACACAGCCCGUCCGGCGUGACGCGCGAUGGCGGUGAGGCUGCUCAAGGAGUUCGACCUCUUCAGGAAGCUCGCGCCAGAGCACCAAAAGGCGCCAUCGAGCGGCCCCGCCUGGGCGGUACGGUACCUGUGCUUGGUGCUGAUCCAGGUGCUGCUGCUGUCCGAGUGCGUCACCUACCUGGUGCCAAAGCACAAGCAAUCCUUCGACAUCGACAUGCAGGGGCCCAUGCAGCUGGCUUCGCCCAGGCAAAUGCGAGUGAUGCUGGAUGUCACCGUGCAUGACUUCCCCUGCAUAGAUCUGAGCUUGGAUUACCAAGACGCCAUGGGCAAUCGCCAGACCGACAUUCGAUCUGGGGUGGUCAAGCAGCGAUUGAAGCCGGAUGGGACGCCAGUGGGCGAUGUGCUCAAGAACGACCCCAAGACUGGGUCCAACAGCGCGUCGAAUCCCAGCAUUCGGAAUGGCACGGGCAACGCGACGUGCGGGGACUGCUACGGCGCUUUGCCCGAGGGCGAAUGCUGCAAUACAUGCUCGGAUGUGUUGUACGCCUAUCGCCUGAAGCGCUGGGCCUUGCCGCGCAUUGAGAGCAUCAGGCAAUGCCAGCAGGACGGCACCGCCAAGUCAGCGUAUCAACCUCCUCAGAUCGCACACCUGAAGGAUUAUAGCUCCGACGACUACUUCAAUACCUUCAGAAAGAUUGGAAGCCUCUCUUCGCCGGACGGGAAUGAGGCUCGAAUCACUGCACCUCUGAAGCUGAACCUGAGCUUGAAUUUGCAGAACAUCACCUUCAAGCCUCUGAACUUGAAGCCCUUGUCCUCCAUGGAUGACGACUGGGAUGACUGGGACUAUGACUAUGACUUCGACGACUGGUAUCACCCGCCGCCGCAGCUUCCUUCAGGAGAAAAACAAGACGCUGUCCUGGCCAGAGUGCGUGAGGCGCAAUGUGGUGGUCAACGGAUACAACAUGGGGGAAGCUCUCAUGGAGGAGACCUGGUGCCCUUCGGAGCCAAGGAAGGCUGCUGGAAGGACAACUGCAGCCAUACUGACAAGUUCAACAUCGACACUAUGGACCACUGCGCCACUGUUUGCAGCCAGGUGACCGGGUGCUCUUGGUGGACUUGGGGCGUGGAGGACUUUGCGGCCAAGUGCUGGCUGCGCUCGGGGAAGCACGGGAAGAGCAAGCGCUAUGGCUUCGCCUCGGGGACAAGGAACUGCACUGUGGCUCUGAAGACCGCUACCACCACCUCGGCGCCGGCAAGUAGCUCGCAGCCGAGCCAGUCCAGCGAGGCCGCUGCGCCGGGUCUCCAGGCUCCAGCGCGCCGCCUCUCCAGCCUUGACGACUUCUCCCGCUUCGAGCUGCCUUUAGGGUCCAUGCUGCACAUGCCUAUGUUCGAGUGGGACAAAGAGAGUGAGCAGCGCCGCGAGCAGAAGGGCGAGAGCUGUCGCAUCCACGGCCACUUCGAUUUGAAUAGGGUGCCGGGGAACUUUCACAUCGGCACUCACGGAGCAACUUUGCCAUCCUACCUCAACUUCUAUGACGAUCCAGCGCCGCCUCAACAGAACAUGAGGCACACGAUCCACUCCCUGACCUUUGUGGAUGUGUCCGCUCCGGAUGGCAUGUCUCAUCCGCUGGACGGCUUUGAAAGCCCAAAAGCCUUCACCUUCCAGUAUUACCUGAUGAUCACGCCCGUGACCAGACAAAGUGCGUCAGGAGAUGCCUAUGGCUACCAAUACAAGGCAGCCUCCUUCGUCACCAACGAACUGAUAGGCCCUGCCGUCUUCUUCCGCAUGGAGAUCGACCCCAUCAGGGUGGUCUAUUACACUGAGAGGGUUCCAACCAGCAAGUUCAUCGUGAACGUGUGCGCGGUUGUUGGAGGCUGCAUUGCGAUCAGCUCCAUGCUUCUGCAAAUCCUGGAUGCCAUGAACGAGUGAGGUGGAGCGGAGACGAGCUCAGGUCUAAAGGAGGUUUCCCCCCGCGCAGGAGAAGGAGGACCAGACACGAGCGAGGAAGGACGAAAUCAGCGCGCGGAGAAA